AUGUUUAAUGACAGGACAGAUGAAGCGAGGCAACACCAUAGGUUUCAAAUAAGUGGAAUGGGUGUGACUAAGGGGCCACUGAACGUGUUCUCCAUCGAUGAACAAAGUGGGGUUGUUUAUGCCCAUAAACCCAUCGAUAGAGAAGAAUACAGCCUCUUCCAUAUCAAGUUUGACAUCUUUGACAAACACACCAACCAAAAAAUAGACAGGGAACUUGCUUUUGAUGUAGAAAUAAAGGACAUCAAUGACAAUCCUCCCAUAUUUUUCCAACCUGAAAUAAAAGCCAAUGUGAAGGAAAAUAUGCCAGAGGGGUACUUGCCAGUGCAGCUGCAGGUCACAGACAGAGAUCAGCAGAACACGACAAACUCUAAAGUUACACUCAGUGUGAUAUCACAGGACCCGCAAGACCCCAAGAUUGAAGUAGUUCAGAUCGAUGGCAGAAUGGCACAACUCUCCUUUAAAGGAUGUUUUGACUAUGAUAAAGUAAACAAGUAUGAAAUUAUUGUUGAAGCAAAGGAUCAUGGAACACCGUCCCUUUCCUCCACUGCUGUUAUUACUCUCAAUAUUGUUGACGCAAACAAUCAUCCACCAACAUUCAAGGAGACAGAGUACAAUGGAGAAGUGCAAGAAAUGGACAUCAAAAAUGAUGUUUUGAGAGUUGGGGUGGAGGACAAAGACACUCCUAACACCCCUGGCUGGCGUGCCAAAUACUUCUUCAUUAAAGGGAAUGAGGAAGGAAACUACAAAAUUGAAACUGACCCUGAAACUAACGAGGGCAUUCUGAGUGUCAUCAAGGGGAAGGAUUUUGAGCGUACAACCUUAACAACCCUGCUGAUCGGGGUAGAAAAUGAGGAACCUUUAUUUGUUUGUGGAGAUAAAGCAACUGGCGGAGCAGCAUCCCCACCUCCAAAUUCAGUUAGCAUCAAAAUGAAAGUGGUUGAUGUCAAUGACGCACCUGAGUUUGAGAAAAAAGUGGUUGACGUGUAUCAGAGGGAAGAGGAGGAGCCAGGAGAGGUCCUGUUCACUCCAAAGGUUCAUGAUGUUGACUCUGACAUAUCCAAUAUAAGGUAUGUGCUGUUAGACGAUCCAGCUGACUGGGUGAUCAUUGAUAACAAAACAGGACAAAUCUCAUCGUCUAAGAAGAUGGACAGAGAGUCACCCUUUGUUGAUGACCAGGGCAAUUACAAAGUCCUCAUCGGUGCCAUAGAUGAUGGUGAGCCUCCAGCCACAGGUACAUGUACUGUCAUGGUUCACCUGGGGGAUAUCAAUGACAACAAGCCUAAGCUGGUCAACAAUGGCGUCAUUUUGUGUGGAAACAAGGUUGACAAGGUCAUGGUGGUUGCAAGUGACUCAGAUGCGCCUCCUUUCAGAGGACCCUUCAGUUUCUCCUUGGAAGAUAAUGACGGAACUCUAAAGCAGCGAUGGAAACUAGACCCUGCCUUUGGUGAGGAAGCUGGGCUUGUUAGCCUGAAGUCACUUGCUUAUGGAAACUACUCAGUGCCCUUGGUGAUUCAGGAUCAACAGAGUAUGACUGGACAUGAUACUGUGGAAGUGAUGGUGUGUGACUGUGGAGAAGGAGAGGUAUGCCGUAGCAAAGAGCCUCUCUCAUCCAGUCUUGGGGCAGCUGGCAUUGGACUGAUCUUAGCAGGAUUUCUCUUAUUUCUAUCAGUACUGCUAGUCCUCUUUAUAUGUGAGUGUGGAGGAAAGGAGUUCAAGCACAUCCCCAUGGUUGAGGACGAGGGCAACCAGACACUCAUCAAGUACAACCAAGAGGGAGGGGGCUCUGAAUGCAAGGGUGAGCCCACUCUGCUACUGACACCUACACAAAGUGUAGCUGUACUAGAUGGCCUAAAACAGGGCAGCACGCAGAGGUGAUGGCAGAUAGACAGG